AUGGAAGCACAAGGUGAACUGAUCGCAAAGGCCAUAGAAAUUUCCUUUCAGGAAGCGGCCAAGGCUCAUAUCACUGGUGCUGAUGUAACACCUUUUAUGCUGGAACGUGACCUCUUCCCGCCAGCCAGCUAUGCUGGUACUGUUGAGGUUUUGGGCGGUGGCGGAGUGGCCAGAAAUGUGGCUGAGGUGCUGGGACGUCUUAGGGUGCCGCACGCCUUCCUAACGGCCACUGUUGACGAUGUGGCGGGGCGCCAACUACAUGAGGCAUGCCCUUGCAUCCAUUGGAUACCAGUUCCCGGAUCACCACAGUCCGCGCGCACUGCUAACUACGUGGGCAUCCUUAAUGCGACCGCAGUUUGCGUGGAUGCCAACCCAGAUGCUGAGACCAUUAAACGAACCAUUGAGAUUUGUCACAGCAUGGGUGUUCCCGUGUGGUUUGAGCCCACUGACUUCCACAAGUGCACCAAGAUUGUGGACGCCUUUGUCUCAGAUGAGGGAGACUUUCGACGACCUCAAAUUAGCGUAAUUUCACCCAACUUGACUGAAUUAGAAGCUAUCUACUAUCGUUACACGGGUGAUAAUCUUGGAGUUGGUGUUGAGUGUGGAGAACGCUUUGCACGCGUCCAGUCGGCUGUCCGUGGCGCUUUGAAGCCGCUGGCGGAGAACUGGCUGAUUAAAAUGGGCCCUGAGGGAGUGUUAUUUGUGAAUCAGGAGGAGGCCUAUGCCUUCUCAUCGCCUGUCAAGGACCCUAAACUGAUAGUCAGUGUCUCGGGUGCCGGAGACAGUUGUGCUGGUGCCGUUCUCUAUCUCCGUUUUGUGAAAAACUGGUCCUGGAAGAUGGCCCUUCUUGGAGGUCUACGUGCCGCGGAGAUGUCUCUCACUUCGAAGAACACAGUGUCCGAGCAGCUGAAGCCCGACCUCUUCAGGCAUGCUGAAAUAGAGGAAUGGAUGGAUAAGGUGGAUGUUAUAAUGCUGUAA